AUGCUUCAGAGACUCGUAUCUCUUCUCCUGCUGGCCCUCAUGGCAUCACUUGCCAUGACCAGCCCCGUGGGUACGGGUAGUACCUCAUCGUCCUCUGCUAUCGCUUCGUUGAGUGCUUCCGGUGGUGAAAAGCUCGUCUUCUGUCACUUCAUGGUCGGCAUCUGUGGUAACCGCAAGAGUGCGGACGAUUAUGAUGCUGACAUGAAAAGAGCCAAAGAGUCGGGUAUCGACGCCUUUGCCCUGAACAUUGGCACUGAUCCCUACACCGAUGAGCAGCUGCGUUUUGCCUACUUAUCUGCUGCGCGCAAUGGUAUGAAAGUAUUCCUCUCCUUCGACUUCAACUGGUGGGCUCCUUCCAACGGUGCUGGCGUUGGAGCUAAGGUUGGGGAAUAUGCCGGCCUUGAGGCGCAACUCAAAGUCGACAAUAAGGUCUUUGUCUCCUCCUUUGCGGGUGACGGUAUCGAUGUCCAAGCGGUUGUCGCUGCAGCGGGUCGAGACAUCUUCUUUGCCCCGAACUUCCAUCCCGGUCAGGGAAACUUUGGUUCUAUCCAAGGUGCUCUCAACUGGAUGGCUUGGCCAAGCAAUGGCAAUAACAAAGCGCCGACUCCUGGGCAUAAUGUUACUGUUGCCGCCGGUGAUGAGGCAUACAUCAAUGCUCUAGGCGGAAAGCCUUACAUCGCACCCGUCUCACCCUGGUUCUCCACUCACUAUGGCAGUGAGGUGUCUUACAGCAAGAACUGGGUCUUUCCCUCGGACCUUCUGUGGUACGAGCGUUGGCAGGAGAUUCUGAAUUUGAGUCCUCGCUUCGUGGAGAUCGUCACAUGGAACGACUACGGCGAGUCGCACUACGUUGGUCCCCUUUCGUCGCCCCAUGGGGACGAUGGGAAUUCCAAGUGGGCCAUGGAUAUGCCCCACAAUGGAUGGUUGGACAUGGCAAAACCGUUCAUCGCUGCUUUCAAGGCAGGAUGCACCUCGCCAAAUGACUUCGUCCAGGAAGAUCAACUCGUCUACUGGUACCGGCCGACGAAACGGGACGUCAACUGUGAUGCCACCGAUACUACGAUGGGCGGUGCAAACAAUGCUAGCGGAAACUUCUUUAUGGGACGCCCAAACGGCUGGGAAUCAAUGAAAGAUGAAGUCUUUGUGGUGUCACUGUUCAAGUCCGCGGCGCAGGUCCAUGUGCAGUCUGGUGACCAGUCACAGACCUUCCAGGCCCCAGCCGGCAUCAGCGCCCACUCCGUCCCGAUGGGAGUUGGGAAGCAGAAGUUUGCCGUCACUCGGGAUGGAAACACUGUCUUGUCGGGAACCAGCCUGAAGGACGUCUCAGACACCUGCAUUUGUGGAAUCUACAACUUCAAUGCAUAUGUCGGGACUCUGCCGGCGCCGGCUACGAUUGACCGACUGCAGCCCGACGCGUUGGCGAUGUUGUCAAAGGGGCUAAAGGUCGCGUGUCCGAUGAACACCCUCAACGUAGCUCUUGCCACUUCGACUUGCACCUAG